AUGGCCACCCAUCUGUGCCGCCCGCUGGUGGGCGAGGCGCCCGCAGCCCACACCCGACCCCACGGGCCCUUCCAGCCAUGCCUCGGAAUCCCCUUCCUCCAUCCCCGCUGGCAUCGCGCCAUGUGGCGCCACGGGACGUGCAGGGUCCCCGUGCGCCCCCGCAGCGAGGCGGCGUCGCGCGGGCCUCCCCAACCAGUCGAUGCGGACGGCCGCGCGGACGCGGCGGGGGUCCUGCACGCGGCGGAGUCGCUCUGCGUGGCCACCGCGCUGGCCAUGAACCUCCUGGCGGCCAUGCUGCAGCACCGGAGGAUGAAAUCGAUUCGGGAGGGCGAUUCGGGAGAGCUGUCCGGCGCCGCGCAGAGAUCGCAGCCCUGGCGAGUGACAGCCGUUUCGGACGGGCAAGGAUGGGCAUGGCCGGCCUGGGAGAGGGUCAUGGUGUGGCAGUCCUUCCCAUUGAUCCUGGCGAUCUUGUUUGGGACCGCCCUGCGGCGCCUGAGAGGCGGGCGGGGGGGUGAUGAGGGGCAAGAGGCGAUGCGGGCCAGCCUGGGCGCCAGGCUGGGGUCCCGCCUGGACGCGCUGGAGCGAUCGGCGCCCGAGACGUCCACCGCGAUCCGGCGGCUGUCGGACGAGGUGGCACGGCUGAGGGUGAAGGUGCGGCUGGUGAGCAGAGACCUGAAGCCGGUUGUUCAAUCCAUGGCGUCCAAGGGGGCUGAUGGCGCGCAGAUGGCGGGGCAGCUGGGGGCGCAGCUGGAGGCCGCGGAGGGGCGGGUGGGCGAUCUGGAGGGGGUAGUGGUGGGGAUGCAGGAGCUGGGGAUCAAACAGUUCAGGGUGCUGGUGCAGGCGAUCAGGGGCGUGGAGGCGCAGUGCGCGGAGCUGCGGGAGGGGCUGAGGGACGGGGGGGCGAUCCCCGAGGGUGGACCCACCCUGGGGGAUGAGUGGGGCCUUUCUGGGAAACUGGGGCAGCAAGGGUGGCUGAAGGAAGUGGAAUCGGCGGAUGGGGAGGCUGGGCCUGUGAGGGAGGCGAAGGGGUACAAGGAGCGUGGGACAACUGGUGGAAUCAUUCCAGAUGAUGGUCCAAGCCCCCUGGGAGGGCCUGAGCGUCCAAAAAGCGCGGAACAUGGGAACUAUGGGGACCACCAAGUUGCACCAGCUGGAGAAAUUGAGGGAAACAAGCAUGGUGAGACAGGUGAAGAAAGCCUGGCGGGGAAUGUCACUGCAGGCUCAGGUGGAUUCUCUAUAGCUGGUGGCCAAGAUGAUGAAGACCUUGUCAUCGCUGACAGUGUGGUUGCAGGGGUGGUCCAGGCAGCUCAGACACUGGUACAGUGUCUCAAUUUGAGCGGUCCAGAAUUGCUGAAUGGUGUGCGAGACGCGCUUGAGAUGGGGAAGUUUUCUACUGAAACCCAGAUGGAUUCAGAGACUGCAGAAGCAGGCUCUUCGGAAGAUGAGGUUUUGUUGAGGGCUACGGAGGCUGUUCAAAGGGCCAAGUUGCUUGUGGAGUCUGUAGUCGUGGCACCCUCAGGUGUUCCAAUGGCUGAGACAGAGUUGCAGGGAUCAGAGGACGCUGUGCUUGUCUCAAGUGACAGACCAGCCUGUCCUGCCUUCUAG